AUGAACACCAAGAGAGGUUGGACUUCACUGAGCGUACCUCACGCCUUUGCACAUAGGACACAGAUCAUGGAAAAGAAGGAAACGAAGGAACACGCGUGCGAAGUAAUGGAGCUCGACUGGAAACAGAAGCAAGGAAAUCCCUGCACUGGAACAGAGAGGAUAGGCAAUUACCCCAACAAAGAUUACACGGACAUGAGACCCACUACAAGCAUAAGAGUCUGCAACUGGAAGAGGCUUCCCCCAGGACGGCACCUAGUCAAUAACAUUGCAAAAAACAGAGCUAGCAACGAAAGAGUCACGCAGAAGGAGAUAAAACCGCCCAAAGGUGAUGAACAGGCGACCAAAGCUGGAGAAUGGAGGAAAUUGAAAGUCAUCUUUCGAAAGACGACCAUCCCAGAAACAACCAAUUAA